CGUGCAGCUAUAAGAAGCUCAACUGCACAUUGUCAACAGAACACAUCUCUCCAAUCAAGAAACUCCUCCCCUCACAAUCACAAAACUAUCAACCGUACCACAGCAACAAUGAACAACCAGGGAGCCGCCAGCGGACAAAAGGAGGACUACCUCGACAAGGGCCUUGACGCCAUUGAGAAGAAGGUCGGCCAGCAGAGCGGGCACAACAUGGACUCGACCAAGAUGCGGGGCACCAAUGAAAAGAUCACCGACAAGGCUCGCGACAUGUUCGAAAAGGCGACAGGCAAGAACGUACCCGACAAAUUCUCCAACUAGAUGGCGAGUCCUGAAUGCCAAUGCAUAGGCGAUCCAAUGGCCAGCAGAUAGCCAACAUAAUGAAGUAAUGAGC